AGAGGGAAGGACCGCACGGAUCACCAACCCCUGCUCGGCCCCGUACCAGGAAGCGCUGGGGGGCAGAGGAGCGGAGUUGAGGCAGAAGCCAGUCAGAAUGGUGGCGCCUUCGCUGAAGCUUCAGGACCUCAUCGAAGAGAUUCGCGGGGCCAAGACUCAGGCCCAGGAGCGGGAGGUGAUCCAAAAGGAGUGCGCCCACAUCCGGGCCUCCUUCCGCGAUGGGGACCCAGUGCACAGGCACCGGCAGCUGGCCAAACUGCUCUACGUCCACAUGUUGGGCUACCCCGCCCACUUUGGACAGAUGGAGUGCCUGAAACUGAUCGCCUCCUCCAGAUUCACAGACAAGAGGGUGGGCUACCUGGGGGCCAUGCUUCUAUUGGAUGAGAGGCACGAUGCCCACCUGCUCAUUACCAACAGCAUCAAGAAUGACCUGAGCCAGGGGAUUCAGCCAGUACAAGGCCUGGCCUUGUGCACUUUGAGCACCAUGGGCUCUGCUGAGAUGUGCCGAGACCUGGCCCCAGAGGUGGAGAAACUGCUCCUGCAGCCCAGUCCCUACGUGCGCAAGAAGGCUAUUCUGACUGCAGUGCACAUGAUCCGGAAGGUCCCUGAACUCUCCAGCGUCUUCCUCCCACCCUGUGUCCACCUGCUUCACGAGCGUCACCAUGGCAUCCUGCUGGGCACCAUCACGCUGAUCACGGAGCUCUGCGAACGAAGCCCUGCAGCCCUCAGGCACUUCCGAAAGGUGGUACCCCAGCUGGUACAGAUCCUCCGGACUCUGGUGACAACGGGAUACUCCACAGAACACAGCAUAUCUGGAGUCAGCGACCCCUUCCUGCAGGUCCAGAUACUUCGUCUGCUUCGGAUCCUGGGCCGGAACCACGAGGAGAGCAGUGAGACCAUGAAUGACUUGCUGGCCCAGGUGGCCACUAACACAGACACCAGCCGAAAUGCCGGGAAUGCGGUCCUGUUUGAGACAGUACUCACCAUCAUGGAUAUCCGCUCUGCAGCUGGCCUACGGGUUCUAGCUGUCAACAUUCUUGGCCGCUUCCUACUCAACAGUGACAGGAACAUUAGGUAUGUAGCCCUGACAUCAUUGCUUCGACUGGUGCAGUCUGAUCACAGUGCUGUGCAGCGGCAUCGGCCCACUGUGGUGGAUUGUCUACAGGAAACUGAUGCCUCCCUCAGCCGGAGGGCCCUGGAACUAAGCCUGGCUCUGGUAAAUAGCUCCAAUGUGCGAGCCAUGAUGCAAGAGCUGCAGGCCUUUCUGGAGUCCUGCCCGCCUGACCUACGGGCUGACUGUGCCUCAGGCAUCCUGCUAGCUGCAGAAAGGUUUGCUCCCACCAAACGCUGGCACAUAGACACCAUCCUGCAUGUGCUGACCACGGCAGGCACGCAUGUGCGGGAUGAUGCAGUGGCCAACCUGACCCAGCUGAUUGGGGGGGCCCAGGAGCUACAUGCCUACUCUGUGCGCCGCCUCUACAAUGCCCUGGCAGAAGACAUUUCCCAGCAACCACUGGUGCAGGUGGCAGCCUGGUGCAUUGGGGAAUAUGGGGACCUCCUGCUGGAGGGGAACUGUGAGGAGAUUGAGCCCCUUCAGGUGGACGAAGAGGAAGUACUGGCAUUGCUGGAAAAGGUGCUGCAGUCCCAUAUGUCCCUGCCAGCCACUCGAGGAUAUGCCCUCACAGCCCUCAUGAAACUCAGCACUCGCCUCCAAGGGGACAAUAACCGCAUCCGCCAGGUGGUGUCCAUCUAUAGGAGCUGCUUGGACGUGGAGCUGCAACAGCGGGCUGUGGAGUAUGACACACUCUUCCGGAAGUACGAUCACAUGAGGGCUGCCAUCCUGGAAAAAAUGCCUCUUGUGGAGCGAGAUGGCCCUCAGGCUGAUGAGGAAGCAAAGGAAAGCAAAGCAGCAGCCCAACUUUCAGAAGCAGCCCCAGCACCCACAGAGCCCCAGGCCUCACAGCUCCUGGAUCUGCUAGAUCUCCUGGAUGGGGCUUCUGGGGAUGCCCAGCAUCCUCCCCCUCUGGAUCCCUCCCCUGGAGGUGCCCUGGUAUACCUGCUUGACCUUCCCUGUGCACCUCCACCCCCAGCUCCCAUCCCAGAUCUCAAAGUGUUUGAGCGUGAGGGAGUACAGCUGAAUCUGUCUUUCAUUCGACCCCCUGAAAACCCUGCUUUGCUGUUAAUCACCGCCACUGCCACCAACUCCUCAGAGGGUGAUGUCACCGAUUUCAUCUGCCAGGCUGCUGUGCCCAAGAGUCUCCAGCUGCAGCUGCAGGCCCCCAGUGGGAACACAGUUCCAGCUCGGGGUGGCCUUCCUAUCACCCAGCUCUUCAGAAUCCUCAAUCCUAACAAGGCCCCCCUGCGGCUAAAGCUGCGCCUCACCUACAACCACUUUCACCAGUCAGUGCAGGAGAUCUUUGAGGUGAACAACUUGCCUGUGGAAUCGUGGCAGUAACUGUCUACAUCACAGCCUGAAAUUCUCCUGUGUCCCAAACCCCAGGGGGCCCCAGCCGCUUGAAACCUACACCUGAGGGCUACCAGCAGGUGGCACUCUGGCUUUGCACUGCAAAAACUGGGGACCAGCCCCCUUCUCCCACAAAUAAAGCCCAAUAAAGCCUGAGAGGGGAGGAAAGCCA